GGAAGCACUUGUGACGUGAUCGAUUCGGUUUCCCGGAAGUGACUGCUGAGCCAGUCGAGCCUGGUCCAAGAGGAGGAAGGAUGGGGUGCAGAGUAUCCCGUCCUGGCCAGCGAUGAGCUCCAUUUCUAAAUCCUGUGGGAAUUCUUUGUUAUAAAACAGUUCCUGAUCUAAAGUUGAAAAGAGAUGGCUUAUGUAAGAGACAUUUUCUUCACGAAGUUGAUCGUUAGGAUUCAUGUGGACUAGAGAUUCAUUGGCUACUAUAAUGGAAAAAUCAUGGAUGCUUUGGACUUCCAUUGAAAAAUGGCUGCUUGCUUUGGUGUCAUGGUCCUGGGGUGUCUGCCGUAUUUCUCUCUUACCUUUGAUAGUGACUUUUCAUUUGUAUGGUGGCCUGAUUUUACCUCUGUUAAUAUUUGUAUCUAUCACAGGUAUAUUAUAUAAAUUCCAGGAUGUGUUGCUUUAUUUCCCUGAGCAACCCUCUUCAUCACGACUCUAUGUUCCCAUGCCUACUGGCAUCCCACAUGAGAAUAUCUUUAUCAAAACCAAAGAUGGUGUGUUGCUCAACCUCAUUCUUCUCAGAUUCACAGGUGAUAAUUCCUCAUAUUCUCCUACUAUCAUUUAUUUUCAUGGGAAUGCAGGCAACAUUGGGCAUCGACUACCAAAUGCUUUAUUGAUGCUGGUAAACCUGAAAGUAAAUUUAUUAUUGGUUGACUAUAGAGGCUAUGGGAAGAGUGAAGGAGAAGCAAGUGAGGAUGGCAUCUAUUUAGAUUCUGAGGCUGUUCUAGACUAUGUGAUGACUAGAUCAGAUCUGGACAAGACAAAAAUUUUUCUUUUUGGUCGUUCAUUGGGGGGAGCAGUAGCUAUUCACUUGGCCUCUGAAAAUUCUCAUAGGAUUUCUGCCAUCUUGGUGGAGAAUACAUUCCUUAGUAUCCCACAUAUGGCCAGCACUCUGUUUUCUUUCUUCCCUAUGAGGUACCUUCCUUUAUGGUGCUAUAAGAACAAGUUCCUAUCUUAUAGAAAAAUAUCUCAGUGCAGGAUGCCUUCACUGUUCAUUUCUGGACUUGCUGACCAAUUGAUUCCUCCAGUUAUGAUGAAGCAACUUUAUGAACUUUCCCCUGCUCGGACUAAAAGAUUGGCAAUAUUUCCAGAUGGAACUCAUAAUGACACUUGGCAGUGCCAAGGCUACUUUACUGCACUCGAACAGUUUAUCAAAGAAGUUAUAAGCCAUUCCCCUGAAGAAAUGGCAAAAAUGACAUCUAAUGUAACAAUAAUAUAAUUGUAAUUCCACUCUGUCUUUCUGAUACAACUGCAUUGUACCUGGAUUUGUGGGAAGUGAUCAUUAAUUGCCAUUUUUAAAACGUGUAUUCUGUCUGUA